AUGGUCAAGAAGACGGUCUUGAAUGUUGAUAUCAAUUGUCUCAAAUGCAAAAAGAAGCUUCUCAAAGCUGUGUCUUCCCUUCAAGGGGUAGAUAAAAUUGAAGCUGAUGAAGGGAAGGGUACGUUGACUGUGACAGGGGAUGCAGACCCAUAUGAUAUAAUAGUUCGCAUAAGGAAAGCUGGCAAAUAUGCUGAAGUUGUGAGUAUUGGGCCUCCACCCGCCCCUCCAAAACAGGAUGAUCAGAAGAAGCCCGAAGAGAAGAAAAAGCCCGAGGAAAAGAAGAAGCCUGACCCAGUCAAUCUCGAUCAAAUAUCUCAGAUUCCCUAUAUGCAUAUGCCCCAUAACUACCCAUCAUACCAGCCGGUAACUGUGGUGCAUAUGAACACGUGGGACGAACCCAAUUCAUCAUGCACUAUAUUGUGA